GCUUUGGCGGAUAUCUCCCUGGCCUUGCUGGAUCUGAACCGCGAGCCGGUAUUUAAUUGCGAAUUGGACCUGAUUCCUCUUCCAUUGGGGCAGGGCACUACUUCUAGCCCGCUGUUUCUGCUCAUUGAGGACAGGCGGGGCUACGAAACUUGACAAAAUGACGGCAGAAAACAAUGACCAGCUUGUUAAGUCUUCAGAUCCAGAGCACCCUGCAAAUCUGAUCCCGGAGCUUUGCAAGAAGUUCUACACGUUAGGAUGGGUCACCGGGACGGGAGGUGGUACCUCCAUAAGGCGGGGUGACCAUAUCUUUAUAGCUCCCUCCGGAGUCCAAAAGGAAAUGAUCAAAUCUGAAGAUAUCUUCGUCCUCUCAUAUCCCACCCCGAAAUAUCCUCCGUCUGCACGACAGUAUAUUCGCAAGCCACGGGAGUUGAAGCCUUCGGCCUGCACUCCACUAUUUUUGGCCGCGUUCGACAGGGGCGCAGGUUGCUCCAUCCACACGCACUCACAGUGGGCUGUCCUGGUGACACUUUUAGUGGAAAGGGAGAAGGGCAAAAAUGGCUGUUUCGAGAUCAACAACAUUGAACAGAUCAAGGGAAUUCCCAAGGGCAAAGGCAAAGGAAUGCUGGGCUAUUUUGACACCCUUCGGAUACCGAUCAUUGAAAACACGGCUUUUGAGGAGGACUUGACUGAGAGCUUGGAGCAAGCUAUGGAUGAAUAUCCAGAUACAUAUGCGGUGCUUGUUCGUCGACACGGAAUAUAUGUAUGGGGAGAUACUCCCGCAAAGGCAAAGACCCAGUGCGAGAGCUUGGACUAUCUUUUCCAGCUAGCUGUUGAAAUGCAUAAACUUGGUAUCCCAUGGAUUCAAUGAUCAAGGGGGAUAAUCCUGAAACUGCAACGACUUUUUGGGCUUGCUGACAAAAUACCACUAAUGUUUGAGAAGCUGUGUUCCAAAAUAACUUGAUACCAACA